AUGGAAUCAUCUCAACUUAUUCAUUGGCUUAAACAAUUAACUGAACCAGAUACAGAAAAAGUUAAACAAGCAACAAAACAAUUACAAAAUCUUUCAUUAACAAAUGAUUUUCUUCUUCAAUUAUUUCAUAUACUUCAUUCUGAACAAAAUGAACAAAUACGUAUAUUAGCAUCUGUAUUACUUCGACGUAAAUUAUUAAAAUCAUCAUCAUCAAUAAUAUCAAAAAAUAUUCAUGAAACAUUAAAACAUCUUUUACUUGAACAAAUACAAAUUGAAAAAAAUCAACGUAUACGUAAAUCAUUAUUUGAAUUAAUUGGUACAAUAGCUAAACAAGAUUUACAACAUGAAAUAAUUGAUAAAACAAAAAAAAAAUCUAAAAAAAAAUCUAAUAUUGAAACAACUGGUUGGAAAGAAUAUCUUCAUUUAUGUGGUACACUUGUACAAUCAACAGAUAUAAAACAACUUGAAUUAGGUAUGUAUCUUUUUGCUACAUUAGCAAUAUAUUGUGGACGUUUUGUACUUGAACAUUGGCCACAUACAUUUAAUCUUAUAACAACUAUGUUAAAAACACGACCAUCAAUAAUUGUUUGUGAACAAGCUUUAAUUAUUUUAACUAAUCUUGUUAAAGUAUUACAACAAAAACAUUAUGUACAAACUAUUGUUGAUAUUGUACCAAUUGCUAAUGAAACUAUACAAUAUCUUUUUAUUAAUCUUACGGCUGAAAAUACAACAAAUCUCUUGGAUUUUUAUGAAGCAUUACUUGAUUGUGAAGUACCAAAUGUUAUUGGAACACAUCUUCAAAGUAUUAUUUCAACUUGUCUUCAAAUUGCAUUAAGAAAUGAUAAUACUGUUCUUGAAUCUGUACGUUAUAAUGCUUUGAGUAUAUUAGCUGAAAUUUGUCGACAAAAGAAAAAAACUUUAUUAAAACAUCAAACAAUUCUUCCACCAAUUAUUCAAGCAUUACUUCAAAUAAUUAGUUCAACAGCUAUUGAUACAAAUACUAUUAUUGAUGAUAAUGAUGAUGAUGAACCUGUUGUUGUUGCUGGUGCUAAUCAUGUACUUGAAGCUAUGUCAUAUCAUUUAUCUCCAGAAAAAUUUGUACCAUUAGUGAUUUCACAAGUUGAACCAAUGUUAAAAAGUAAUGUUUCAAAUGAACGUAAAGCUGCUUAUUAUGUUCUUUCGGGUAUAAUUGAUGGUUGUUGUGAUUAUAUUAAUAACAAUUAUCUUGAACCAUAUAUGACAGCACUUAAAAUUGGUCUACAAGAUACAAAUUCUGAUGUAUCAAGUGCAGCUCUUUUAGCAUUAGGUGAAACAUGUGCUGUAUUAGAAGGUGAAAUAUCAAAAUAUUCAGUAGAAAUUUUACCUAUUCUCAUGGAACUUAUGGUUAAAUCAGAAAAUAUGCAUGAUCAUAAUCUUAAAGUUAUACGAAUUUAUUAUGCUGUUGAAGAACUUAUUGGAGUUUUGAAUGAUGAACAUAAAAGUUCAAUUCCUGAUGUACUUCAAGUUCUAUUUCAUGUUCAUGCUUCAACAACAAAUACAAAAGUUCGAGAAUUAGUAUUAGCUGUUUAUCCAGCUAUUGCAACUGUUAUGAAAGAUAAAUUUGCUCCAUAUCUUGAUCCAAUUAUAACUCAACUUUCACCUAAUCUAAAUCAAAAACCAAAUACAGAAACAUUACCAGUAUUUUGCACAUCACUUCAUACACUUGCUUCACUUUGUCGUGCAGUUGGAACUGAUCAUUGUAAAGCAAUAUUGAUACAAGCAUUGGAUUUUUCACUUAAUCUAUAUAAAGAAAUUGAUGAACCUGAAUUUCGUUCAGCUAUAUUUUCUCUUGGUGGAGCAGCUAGUCGUGUAUUAAAAAAUGAAUUUAAUAUAGUUCAUAUUAAUAAAAUUAUGGAACAUAUAUUUGAAUCUCUUCGAUCACUUGAUUGGAUUGAAGAUGUUGCAGCAACAGAGAGUCGUAAAUUAGAAUGGGUUGAUGAAGAAGAUAUUGAUAAUACAUCAAAUACAAUUCAUGAUGAACAUGAAGUAAAAAUUGAAGAAGAAGAAGAAGACGAUGAUGACGAUGAUGAUGAAGAUGAUGAUGAUGAACGAAUGACAUUUGAAAAUGCUCAUGUCGAAGAAAAAGCAGCUGCAAUCGAAGCAUUGGGUGAUAUUGUUGAAAAUUGCAUAGUUGCUGUUUGGCCAUAUUUAAAAGAUAUAAUUGAACAUAUAAAAAAUAUGUUAGAAUUUCCAAAUGUUCAAUGUUCACAAAAUGCAGUAACAGCUGCAGGAAAUCUUCUUAUAUCAAUUCAUAAAAUGACAAUACAAACACAAAUAAUAAAUGAAAAACAACUUGUUCAAGAUGAAUUAGAUCGUUUAUUAGAUGAUUUAAUACCAAAUUUAUGUACAAUUAUAAAUACAUCAACAAGUCGUUCAUUAGCACAAAUAGCACUUGAUACAAUAAAAAAUAUUUUAGAAGAAGUUAAAUUAGAUAUGCUUAAACAUAUAACAUUAUUAGAAAAAAUUGCACAUUGUAUUCAAAAAGUUCUUGCUUAUAAAACUAAAUGUCAACAAGAAAAUGAUGAUGAAAAUGAUGAUGAUAAUGAUAAUCGAGAACACGAUGGUCGAGAUGAUGCUGAAUAUGAUGCUAUGUUAAUAUCAACUGGUGGAGAUCUUUUACCUAUAUUAACAUCAAUUGCAUGUAUUGGUAAAGUUCAAUUUUUUCCUGGUUAUCUUUCAUCAAUUAUACCAAAAUUACAAAAACGACUUAGACAUCAAGCAAGUGUAUCUGAUCGAUCAUUUGUUAUUGGUGUACUUGCUGAAACAGUACAAAAUAUGAAUGAAUUAUUAAUUACACCAUAUUUACAAUCACUUUUUACGAUGUUUUAUCAAUAUUUAAUUGAUGAUGAUGAAGAAGUACGAACAAAUGCAUGUUUUGGUAUGGGUGUUCUUUGUGCUAUAGCUAAUCAACAAUUACUUAGUCAAUAUGAAACAAUAUUAAAUCGUCUUUCUCAUGUUUUAAUUAAAGAAACAAAUAUACGUAUGAUUGAUAAUAUUUGUAGUUGUCUUUGUCGAAUGAUUGUUGUUUCAUCAAAACAUGUACCACUUGAACAAGUUUUACCUGUUCUUUUUCAACAUUUACCAAUUCAUGAAGAUUUUGCAGAAGCUAAUUCGAUAUUUACUUGUCUCAAUCUACUCUACGAACAACAUUUUACUCAAAUUGAACCAUAUCUUCCAAAAUGUAUCGAAAUGGCAGCAUCAAUAAUUGAUGAUGAACGUAUUUUACCUGAUGCUGUUCCAAUAAUUCGUGAAUUUCUUCGUUCAAUCUAUAUAAAACAUAGUGUUGCUUUUGUUCAAGUAAUGCAAACACUUAAUGAACCAUUACGUGUUAUUGUUACAAAACAUCUUCAAAUAACUUAA